GCCUCGCCGGUCACCAGUGCUGCGCGAUCAGCUCACCCGCAUGCUACAUGCGCGGUUAUAAAAUUAAAUUAUUUUUUAGUUUCGCUAAUUGAACAAACAUGCCAGUUUAUUUACAGUGACGUUGUGUGAAACUAAUUUAUGUACGUACUAUGUCGGUGGAAAACUGCCAUUGAUUUGUACACAGUUAACAGACAAAGUUAUAUCCAAUCACGUAGUGAUGGCUUUAUUGGUAAUAUUAUACUCAAAUAUCUAUGAAGUGCAGUUCUCCAUAGACUGAUGAUUUUACUAUUAAAAUUAACAUGAGUUUACAGUGAAAUAGUGAUUUAAUGUUGACAGUGACGUGAUACCAUAUAAAUAUGGAUGAAAAUAUACAUUGAGUGAAGUGAUCCAUUGGUGGUGAUUAUGGAGGGUGCAAUUCUAAGCACCGCUGGCAACAACAGGUUUCGAACACACCUGAAAAAUGCUGCGAGUGCUCUCUGCGCUAGGACUCUGCCGAAGCAACGGCGCAAUGACUUGACCUCGACGAGUAGCGUCCGCCACCAUACGUAUCCACGAGCUACGACCCCUAAACGGCCAUCAAUCUCCUGCCGUAGGGAGCCCCUAAUGUGCGAAUCGCAACAACAAUCUAACAGCUACGAGGUUCCAGGAUCUAUACAGUCUGAUGUCACUGAUCUUUCAACGUCUAAUAAAGCCAAUGGGACCAUCAAAGGAGCUUUCUCAAGGGAGUUGGCGAAUGCUUGGGGUUGCCACGUGGGCCCCCCCGACCAGCCGGCGCCCGCAGACCGCGUGCAAAACCUCUUCAACGUCAUCGAACUGUACCCUACUAAGACCCAAGUGUUCGAAAUGUUGGUAUGCGCAAGACAGUGCGCGCGGCGAAAAUCGCUGACGCUCACAUUUGGAGAGUUCUGUAUCUUCGCUGCAGAGUUGCGCCGUUGUUCCAAGCAGGCGAGACAGACUUCGGCAAAACCAGAGUCACCGGUGCUGAAUGUGGACAAAGAAUUUCGUGAUAAAGACAACAUUUGUAAACACGUCAACGGCAGCGAGGCGUCUCCUCCACCAUGUGAGGUGUUCCUGGGAGGGUCCUGCAAUCCUACUACAUGGAGAUCGGACAUUGCUAUUCCGAUGCUGAAGACUAUGGGCAUCACAUACUUCAAUCCGCAAGUAGACGACUGGUCGACUGAGUUGAUUGAAGUGGAGCACAAAGCAAAGGCGGCCGCGCGGGCAUUCCUCUUCGUGUUGGACAGUGAGACGCGGGCGGUGGCCGCCAGCGUGGAGGCGGCUCACCUAGCCGCCGCGCCGCGCGAUCUGCUACUUGUAUUGCGUCCCUACACGCGCAAUCAACAGAUUGGAAACGAGACCAUAAGCGAUCAUGAGUACGUCGAGCUGUCACGUGCGCGAGCGACAUUGCAAGAAGCAGUGGAGCGGCGAGGUCUGCCCGCCUUCACGGACAUUCCUGCGGCACUGCGAUGUGCCAGAACAGUACUCCGAGGUGCGAGGACCCACCCUCGACACUCGUUAGGUCACACUAUCUUGCGACUGAAGCGCGUGUAUGACGCGGCCGGCGGCAGGAACAGUCGAUUGCCGCGUACGAAAGCCGUUGAAGCCUUGAAGGAGAUAACGCGGGCGCAACACGAAGUCGCAGACCAUUGCUUGCCUCCGGCCGCCGAUUUCAUCGAUUUUGAGAUGUUUUGUGCUGCCGUUGCCGAGCUCGCCGCCGAAUCAGGGCCCGCAUCGCCAACGGUACGGAGGACGCUUGUGGCGGAAGCUGGGGCCGGAGGAGGAGGAGGAGGUAUGGCUGCGCGAGUCCGUCGCGUGCUGCGAGCGCUCCGCGACCGACUCAGCCCACCCACUCCCGGCAGUCAGAACCGUAUCGAUUACGAGGCGACGCCGGGAGCGGGCGCACGAGCCAACGCGGACGCGCCUGAACGGACAGAAAGUGCGCGCGAAGCAAACGGUCUACAAAUGAUCAAUAAUGCUAGGCUUAAAGCUUACGGCCGGAAACUAGGAUUGUUCAUUCCUAAGAAUGCCAACAAUAAAAGUAUGGAGGAAAGCGCUGCUUCAGGGUCGAGCGGCGACUCUGUGUUCACGCCAGGCACGGAGCGGCGGUUGGAGCGGCUACCAGCCAUGCUCGGUGCGCCCACACAUGACGUCUACCUCGGCGGCACCUUCCCUAGCAACACCACGCGGCCCGAAGCAAUGUUACGGAAAGAGGGUAUCACGUAUGUGAUACCCCGGGUGAACGACUACACACGGAUGUUCUCGGCGCCGGCGCGGCGAUCUGCUCCCGCGCACCCCGAGUCCCCGCGCCGGGACAAGAAGCCGCGGCCCUCGCCCGCCGCGUCCCCCGCCACACCCACCACGCCCUCCUCGCCGCUCCGCGAAACGGUCCAACUGCGCGACCACUCUACCGCCGACGAUAAUGGCGCCCGCCUUAGCGCAUCCGACUUUUACACAGUCACGGAGGAUCUAACACCGCAGCCUUUUAAAGGCACUUACGAUGAAGACUUGUUACUCGGCUCACGGGUGUUGGUGUUCUCAAUGAGCGCGGAGGCGCCGUGUUUCCCUGCGAUGGUGCUGGCGGCGCACUACAUGGGUUUGCGGCCUUCUGCCACCGUGUUGCUUGUCCAGCCUAUGGACCCGACCAAGGCUACCAACUACAGCGGAGCUGCAAUAAAAGAUUACAACCGUGGGCGCACUUACCUCACAGACCUUGCAAAGCGUUCCGGUGUCCCCGUGUUCGAUAAUGUAGAAUCCACAAUGGUCUACGUCAUCAACCGAUUGCGGACGAUGCUAUAGCUCUAUAUAGUAAUCAAUAACCCUGUACAUAUAAUCCGAAAUAUAUAUGUAGUUUACCAGGGUUUGGUGCGUCACGUAAAUGCCGCUUUAAAACUCAAUAUUGAAUUAUUAUAUGAAUACAGACGGAUCGUAGUAUGCUGACCGCAGAGAAUAUAUUGUGUCAAAUGACUUGCCCUUACAUCAAAUAAUAUCUGUUGUGUUGUAAUUUGUAUACCAAUAUCAGCAUCCAUGGUCAAAGCCCUCCCUCUGUGUUAAUAAUUCUGAUAAUAAAUAUUAUCAGAUGUUCUUAUUUCAAAAUGUAUGUUUAUUUUCUUACAAUUGUACAAAUUUACGUCACAUAAACUGACGAGCAAAGAAAUCGAACAACCCACUUCUUGCCGGUACAAAUAAUGAGUAUAAUAACAGUUUAAAUUAAUAUUAAAGGUUUUUUGCUCGCUAGUAGUGUGCGAGGUGAAUAAUUGAAUACAAGUAUUUUGUUUAUUGAAAUAACCACUUAUUUUCAUAUCAUAUCUUGCGUUGUCUAUUCUGUUUGUGGUCAGCCACUACGCAUUUGCUCGCAACUAUAAUUAAAUAAGGGCUUUGUACGAGUUCCAUACGAAUCUCAUUCAUUUUAAUAUAUAAUUGUUGUUGCCAUAAAUACAUGAUGCUCAUCUUCCCUUAUGGGAUUGGCCUAUAACCACAAGCUAAAGGCUUCACCAAUCCAUCAAGAUUCGACUGUAUUGCGGCAAAGAGUCUCAUAAAGCGUGUACUUAUUUUUUAAGACGUUUAGAUUAGUACAAAAAUGUCUCUCUUUUAUUUUCGUUACUCUCUAUUGUAUUAUAAUUAUGUAAUUUAACAUUUAAGCACAAAUUUUAAUACAAUUACAUAGAAUGUAUGAGUAUAGUAUGAAUGGCGAUGGUGGAAAGGAGGUAGUGACACGGAUGUAACAAAUCUCUGUGAUGAAUUUGUUUAGUAAAAUUUUAAUGUUUGUGGGGAGUCAAUGCAUACUUAUUAGAUAAUAAUAAAAUAAUUAGUAAUAUUACACAGGCAGGUCCGGGUAGCAGUAUAAUAAUAAUAAUCAAAUAUUUAACAGAAUCUAACAUGACAAAAACGCAUGUCGUCCAAUACAACAUACAAGUAAAUAAAAGUGAAUUAAUGUCGUGACGCCAUUAGCACAUGGGUACCGAACGAAAUAUAGCAUUGAUGUUCGAUUAUUGAUAUGGGUAUUAAUAUGCAGUGAUUGUUAUACAAGUGGCAGAUAAUUCCAUUUUUACAUUAUACCUCAGAGAAAUGAAAUUAUAAUGUUUUUAAAGUUAGAAAACAGUAUCUGUUAUAAUAGAAGUAAACAUUAUAUCUUGUAUUGUCCUGUUUUUAACGCGAGCGAUUGUUUACUAUCAGAUGAAUAAAGAUUAUUAUUUCACUGAGGAAAUGGUAUAUUUCAUAGCACAUUUUUUAACUAAGAUGGCACCUCUUACUAUUAUAAUAUCCCUUUUUCAUUAAAAUACAUAUCAUUAAACAUCUUGUGUUUGCAACUGUGUAUUUGUGGAAAUGGGUAUCAAGACGUUUAUAUAAGUUAAAAUAUGUAUGAUAAAGCUAUUCAAGUAUAAUGUUCCAGAUAUGUGGUGUAUUCAAUCAAAAUUACUUUUAACUGCCAGAUAAAUUAGUGUUACCUGUAACAUAUAUAAUUUAGAAUUGGAAUAGCCAUCUGUUAAUUCCUUAUUUUAUGAUUCACUGACGAUAUUGAUACAGUUGGGAACAAAAGUAGCAUCAAGGUGGAUCAUGAUUAUUGUUAAAAUGCUAUAAUUGCUGACCAUACAUUUGCGAUGUUAUUGCCGUGUACACUUUGUAUAAAUUACAGUGGGUCUUGUAAGAAGUUUCUCUCAAAUUAGAUGUUAAUUUAGAUUAUUGGCGAUGCCUUUGAUUACUGCUAUUUAUGUAUUUGUUAUCAAGUUCUCUGGGCCACACAAAUAAUGAGUUAAACCAAUAAAAAUAUAUGUACCCAUGUAUGGUCUGUUUUUGGUGGCGGAAGCUGUCAUAUAAUUAUAAUCUUUUACUCAGAUUUUGGCCUUCAUUUACAUUAGAAAGCAACGACUGAUUAAAUAAGUUCAUUAGUCCUUGUCCUUUCAGUGUGGAAAUGGAUUGGAAAUCAUAUAUGGAAUGUCGAAUCAUGAUCGUUCAGCACCCACUCACAUACAGUAAAUAUUUUAUAGCGGGUUACUAAGACUUUUUGCGUCUUACAAAUAUGACGACAUGACGUUUCAUUCAUCAUAUGCGUGGCGCAGGCCUUCUAAUAUUGUGUAUAGAAAAAAUACAGGUCAUAGAAAAAAGUACAAAUACCUUGCUCACGUAGCAAAUUUAAGAUGUCGUUUUUACGUUAAACAUAAUUAUACAACUUCACGACUUAUACUCAUUUUUAUAGAUGUAAAUUGUAGGUUUGAAAGAAAAUAUUUAAUACACAAAAUUUUAACAUUUUAUUAUUGCUUACAUGUAUUUAAAAAGGGGUUUUAAAACCGAGGUACCUAAUCUAGGUAUAGUAUAAAUAAUAUUAGAUAAUUUAGAUUUUAAUUACUUAUGACCCACUGUUGCUAAAAUUUUUAAUUUUUAAAUUAAUUCAGCAAAAAUCUUUUGCUAGUCACACAACAACCGUAAACAUGUAUAAGUACUUUGUAAUAUUGUUUUGAUAGUACAAAUAUCUAAUUUAUAGAAAAAAUUUUUCAUGUAUCGAUUGUAAUUUUAUGCCAUGUACGCUUAUUUUAAACUAAAAAUGUCACUUGUAAAUAGAGAAAUUUAUAAUUACAUACAAGUGUUUCAUUAACACCACCAAAUGACCGGUUUUGUUAUUAUUUCCUAAUGGCAUGAAAAUAUAACUUCUUACUUUUCAGUUGUAAGGAGUUCACAAAUGAACAAUGUAGAAUGCAAAUAAAGUACUUGUUUCUAAUAA